AUGUCCGCGGUCAUACGUACUGAAUCAUCGCUUAGCGAAUUGGAAGAUUACGAUCAUUUAUUUGAUCCAGGUGAUCAGCUCGAAAUUGAAAGCGAUGAAGAUGUUGGUGCAUUGGUUUCCGCGACGCAGAAUGUAUUAACGAUUAUGCCGAAGCACAUCAUUGGUCACACACAUCUGCGCGACACCGAGAUUAAAAGAAGACGUGACAGAAAACGCACCAAGGUAGAGACAAAGAGAGCACGAGCAAAUUUGGGGCUCCAUGAGUUUAACUACUUUGAUGAUUUUGUGGUCGGAUCAUCUUUUCAAGCACUACAUGCCGACAUACGAGGCAAUGGUGGCAUUAAUGCAAGGAGUGUAAAAAUUCCAAUGAAUUACAGGGUAGCCAUGGCGUCAAAAUACGCAAAACAGUGGAAAGAGGCAAUGGAUGUUGAAAUGGCCGCGCUUAUGGACAAAGGCGUACUGGAAAUGAUUUUUAAAUGUGAAAUGCCAAUAGGAAGUAAAGCAAUCAAGACUAUGUGGGUCUUUGAUCUCAAAACGGACCAUUUGGAUAAUGUCGUCAGAUUUCGAGCGCGGAUUGUUGCGCGAGGCGACAAACAACGUCCUGGAAUUGAUUACAUGGAGACAUUUAGUCCAGUGGCUCGAAUGGCUACGUUCCGAUUAUUUGUUGCAGUGUGUGUACAAUUGAAGCUUCCAAUUUAUCAAGGUGAUAUUAAUACCGCGUAUCUAAAUGCAACGUAG